UGGCGGGAGUUUAUUUGGAGGCGGAAGUUAGUAUAAGCGUUUACUCUAAAUAGCUUUCUUGGCUUCUAAGUUACCCGUUUAGCCAAAAGAAGAAGACGUAAGUUACCUGAAGUAUUGCCGUCUACAACAACUACAAUUUUACAUUUUGGUGAGGUAGCGCGACGAAAAGAGACCAUAUCUACUGGUUUACGGAAUGUUUAGAUUCAGUUCCAACAAAUGAAUAGCCUUUGUUGUAUGAUGUUACCCAAGCAUGCGUAUUUUACCAAGUAGUAUAAAGAAUUAUAAACAUUGCGAGAGGCAAGUAAAAGGAAAAAUAUCGUCAUCUAGGAGCAAUCUCCUGCCUUGAAUUACAGUAACGCUAAAAUCUAACUUAAGGUACUGUUGCAACAUGUCGGACUAUCUAAGUGACCACAACAGCGAUGAAAAUGAAGAUGUAAUCACCUCUGCGGAGCUCAUUGUGAAAUUAGAGGAGGCCUGGCUCAAUGAGAAGUUUUCCCCUGAACUGCUGGAGCACAAGAGCGAAAUUGUGGAGUGCGUCAUGGAGCAAAUUGUGCACAUGGAAGAAAACCUGCAGCGAGCAAGGAAGGGUGAUGUCAAAGCCAACAUUCAUCGAAUGGAGAUUGACCGCAUCCGGUUUGUCCUUAACAGCUUCCUGCGCUCCCGCUUACAGAAGAUAGAGAAGUUCUUCCCUCACAUUCUUGAGAAAGAGAAAAGCCGUGAAGAAGGCGACCCAUCAUACUUGACAGCUGAAGAAUCCAUAUUUGCCAGAGAGUAUCUGGUUAACACAGAGAAUUAUAUGAAUAAAGUGGCUCUGAAACACAUGCCUCCCAACCUGCAGCAUAUGGACAUGCUUAAAGCUGUGCCUAGGCCCUGUCUGGACACUUUUGUAUUUCUUAAUGUGAAAGAGAGACAGGAGAAUAUUCUAGUGGAGCCUGAAACUGAUGAGCAAAGAGAAUAUGUUGUGGACCUGGAGAGAGGAUCUCAACAUCUGAUGCGUUAUCGCACCAUAGCGCCCCUAGUGGCCAAUGGAGCAGUAAAACUUAUGUGAUGGAUACUUGUGUUACUAUACUAUGUGUUGCUGGGACUCAUGAUGACGUUUAUAUUUUGCACUGGAAGUAAAUGAGUUGGUCACAAAAUAAAUAAAAAAUUAUGUCAGAGCCUAA